GGUGACAAACCGUGCGCACCCAGUGUGUAACUCAAACGUCACAUUACCUGGCCAAUCGUUUCUGCUCUUCUUCAACGCUCGUCCAAUAGUGUGUUUUCAGAUUGCGGCAGAGAGCAACAACAAGUUUCCAAAAUGGUGCUCGAAAGUACUAUGGUUUGUGUGGACAACAGCGAGUACAUGAGAAAUGGAGACUUCCUACCAACCAGACUACAGGCUCAGCAGGAUGCUGUCAACAUUGUUUGCCACUCCAAAACACGCAGCAACCCGGAGAAUAACGUUGGACUCAUCACCAUGGCGAACAACUGUGAGGUCCUUACGACGCUGACACCAGACACCGGCCGCAUCCUGUCCAAACUACACGCUGUCCAACCCACAGGAAAGAUCUCAUUCUGUACAGGCAUCAGAGUGGCUCAUCUGGCUUUAAAACACAGACAAGGCAAAAACCACAAAAUGAGGAUCAUUGCCUUUAUUGGGAGUCCUGUGGAGGACAAUGAAAAAGACCUUGUUAAGAUGGCAAAGCGCCUGAAAAAGGAGAAGGUGAACGUGGAUAUCAUCAACUUUGGUGAAGAGAAGGUGAACACAGACAAGCUGACCGCAUUUAUUAACACUCUAAAUGGAAAGGAGGGAACGGGCUCCAACUUGGUCACAGUUCCUCCUGGACCCAGCCUGGCUGACACCCUGCUGUCCUCUCCCAUCUUGGCCGGUGAGGGAGGCUCUUUGAUGGGGCUGGGUGCCAGCGACUUUGAGUUCGGUGUUGACCCCAGUGCUGAUCCUGAGUUGGCCUUGGCCCUGCGUGUUUCAAUGGAGGAGCAACGACAGAGGCAGGAAGAAGAGGCCCGCAGAGCUACUGCUACUGCAGUCGAGGCAGGCAUGCCCACACCCAGUACAGACGAGUCGGAGGAGGCCUUGUUGAAGAUGUCAGUUUCUCAGCCUGAAAGCGGUGCUGCAGUUCUUCCUGAUAUCAGCAGCAUGACAGAAGAAGAACAGAUAGCCUACGCCAUGCAGAUGUCUUUAGCUGGAGGAGAGUACGGUGAAAUGGAUACAGGAGCCCCAAUGGACACUGCAGAAUCAGCCAAGGAGGAAGACGACUAUGAUGUAAUGCAAGACCCAGAGUUCCUUCAGAGCGUCUUGGAGAACCUGCCUGGAGUCGAUCCCAACAAUGAGGCCAUCCGCAACGCAAUGGGCUCCCUGGGUUCCCAGACGGGAAACAAGCAAGACGGCAAAAAAGAUGAAAAGAAGAAAUAAGACGACCAAACUAAAGAAAAAUGAACACUUGGGGAAUUUCUUCAAAACCAUCCUUCUCUUAAAACGCCAAAUAAUAAAAAAAGCUGUAAUGAAAUCACAAUUUAGUGUCUAAUUUGACAGCAUGAAUUCCCUAGAAAUACAAAUGAAGUUUCAAACUAUUUGGGGUCAGUUUUCAGGCUACUUUGAACACUUUUCACUCUGCAUUUUAUUCACAUUGUAUUUUUAUUAAGUCUUUAGAUGAAUGAAUGGUGACAGGCUGUAGACGAAACAGUUAUUCUUCUGCCGUGUCUGUAUGUGUGUUUUUGCAAUAAAAUCCACGUGUAUGUUA